UACCGGUACCGGUACAUCUAGUUGAGCCAUGGUUCUUUCAUCAUCGAGAAGACAACUAGACUGACUGACUUGCCUCCACUCUGGCAAAGGAUAACUCUAACUCUGAUGUACUCUGCAUUCGUGUUAAAAACGGCUGUUGACUCAUCGACCAAAGGAUCCUCGAUCUCACAGUUUCCAUGGCCAUCGUCGUUCGUCGUCUCAUUCAAAGACCAACAUCCAACCUCUCUCACCCUUUCGGUUAUUCUUGCAUUAUCCGCGACGGAAAAGGAGAGACAUCAACAUGAGAGCUGCUGGAUCGCUCCUCCAACGACGGGGCCUGUUGACUUUCCAGACUCAAGCAGUGCCAUGUAUUCCACAGGCUCUUUCUUCGCCUUUGGCGUCAGUUGCUCCUCAGUCGGCAUCGGCAUAUCAGUCUCGGCGAAUGAGCUCGUAUGUCUUGGGCGGUCUCUUGGGUAACCGUGGCGGCGGCAACUCCUGGCAAUGGCCUGUAACACAACCCAACACCAUCUUCAAUAUUGUUCCACAAGGUCACAAGUUUGUGGUAGAACGAUUUGGGAAGCUUCACAGCAUUGAAGACUCUGGAUGGUUCUUUGGAAUUCCAUUUGUUGACAAGAUUGCGUACAUCAUUGAUAUCCGUGAGCGUGCCAUGGAUAUACCACCACAAUCAGCCAUCACCAGAGACAAUGUUUCUGUGGAAGUCUCGGGCAACUUGUUUGUUAGGUUUAAUGACCCUGAAAGGGCUGCCUAUGGUGCUUUCAAUCCACUCUACAGUGUUACACAGCACUCUCAGUCUGCCAUGAGAUCUGCCAUUGGUGAGAUGGAGUUGGAUGAGAUUCUGCAUGGGCGUGCACGCCUCAAUAGUUUGAUCAAGGGAAGCCUCCAGGAGGCAGCCAUUCCAUGGGGAUUGGAAAUCCGACGAUACGAAAUCACAGAAAUCACACCAGAUCAACAAAUUAGAAUUGCUAUGGACAAACAGGCUGCCGCAGAACGUGACCGACGUGAGCAAGUCUUGAGAGCUGAGGGAGCCAAACGAAAGGCUGAAUUGGAGUCUGAGGGAGUCAAAAUUAGCCUCACCAAUGAGUCGGAAGGUAACCUGAUCAAGAUCAAGAAUGAAGCAGAUGCCACCAAAACAAAGAUCCAGCUGGAAGCUCAAGGUCAAGCGCAAGCAAUAUCAAAUCUGGCCGAGGCGCAAGCACAAGCCUUGAGAGUCAUUUCAGCUGAACUCAACAAACCUGGUGGACAAGAGGCGGCUCGACUUGCACUAGCUCGAGAAUAUGUGACCAUGUAUGGUGAAAUGGGGAAGCAGAGCAAUACCAUUCUGUUCAAUGAACGACCUGCCGACGUCAAUGCCUUGCUCACACAAGCUGUCACAGCUAUGCAGGCAGCAUCAUCUGCGAUGCCUGCCACUACCACCAACCCACCUCCCGCACCCAAGGAAACAAUUACUGCGGCAAUUGUAGACACAGAGAGCAGUGAAGCUGUGGAUACAAAGGCAGAAGAAAAGAGCAACAAUACACCUGUGUAGCGAGCUUCUGUUGAUCAGUUUUUGACUAUUUUAAUUGAAGGUUGCUUUCUAACGCGUUCCCAGUGCAUUGGGCCUCCCUUUUGAGUUUUGCAUUACGUCCUUUCAGGUCUCUGUUCAUUUAGUUGUAGCUUCCUUGGUAUUGG